GCACCAGGUGUGUGCAUGCUUAAUUAAUUACACCAAGUUAUUUUUGCGGACUUGUCUUUCUAGGUUUGGGAGUUUGGGAUAAUGCCAAGACUCUUGCAGCCUUGCGGGUUUCCUAUACUUUAUUUGUCAUCUUUGUUUUUUGCGGCAAUACUUUUUGUAUGGGAACUUUCGAUCUAUCCAUCUUUAAUCAUUAUAGUACAACAAACACAAAAAAUAUAAAAAAUAUAUAUGCAGAUUCAUAGACCACCUAGCGACGACUACAAGCACUGAAGUAAGCCGAAGACACGCCACUGUCUAUUUGUCAUCAUCUAUGAAAGAAAACAAGUGUUAGUGUAGCGUGCCAUGUGAUGUUUAUAAUUCCCGAACCGAUCUAGCUUAAUUAGGACUCUUAAAUGUCUUGAAGUGGUAAACUUUUAUCGAUAAGAAGGGAAUUUGAGGCCAACAUGGUAUCAAGGUUGUCUGUGUGCAUCUUGUGAUCCAGAGGCCAUGGUUCUCCCCUUAUAAAGAAAACAUGGCAAAGGUGAUAUAACCACAAGAAGUAUAAACUCGAUCUCAGCAUAGCAAGAUGCGCAUCCCCCAAAAUAUAACAGUGUCAUUGUCUGGCAUAAAAAAGAUGAUGAAUGUCUUAGGGCGCCAGGGUAAACAACUUGUACCCGAGCCAUACACUAAACCGGCAUUCAUGUCGGGUAAACACCUCUCUGGUUAGGGAUGUAAAUUUGUGACCCUCAGGGUUCCCUCGAAGUCUUCUUAGCUCAACCAAAUGUACUAAAUUUAUAAAAGUGGGGUGACUUCUGAAAAUUUAGUUAGUUGAACUAAAGAGGGCUAGAGAAUGCUCUAAAGGGUACCAAUUUGCACCCCUAUCCCUGAUCAUCUGCUCACACGGCAUACAUGCUAGUUUGAACAACUUCAUUUGCUCCGACCGCUGAAGCAUGCAUAGACCAUUUAUGGAACCAAAUGUAAAUGAGUGUAUAACCUGCAAAGGAGUACAAGUCUUCUUUUUGUCAAAAACCAUAUCGUUCUUGGAUAACGAAAGAACCCAACAUAAGGCACCCCGGGGCUUAAGGGGUCACUGAUGGGACCAGUAAUAAGGGAGUGAAUCAAUAUAUGUGUGUCACAUUUAUGUUUACUUCGAGGUGAACGUGUGACACCCAUAUGUUAAUUUAUGUGUUACGUGUAAUAACGGCACACCCACACACAAAACAAUUUAGUAUACCUCGCACACCAGACACCCUAUCUCGCCAACGAAAAACAAACACAAAUGUAAUUAAAAGCCCGCCUACCUUGGAUGGAACACACAAUAUUAAUGAAGCAACCUGCCGUAAUGGGAUGGAAAGAAAAACUUAACUCAUGACUGAAGAACGGUGCGGCAAAACACGCAUUGCCCUCUGGUGGCUAUAGAAACAUGUAACUACCAAAUUUUCAUUAGAUACAAAACCCACUGACAUCUCUUGAGUUAGCAAGAAGUAUUUCUAGUCAACUUAAGAUCAUAUAUGCCCCCCUUGUUUUAUUUAUUUACCAUAGCUAUGUAUGAAGCCACUGUUGAACCGGGACAUAAUCAAGCUAUAAGUGUUGCCACCUCAGUUUUUUUUAUGAGUUUGGGAGAGCGAAGAGGAGUGGAUUGUGAACUUAUAGCGGGCUGCAACAUGGACUCCAACACACUUUGCGAGAGAACAAGAUGGGUAAGACAUUAGCAUCUACCAUAUGGAUAUGCCUUUAGAUUGACCAUAUAUAUAUAUAUAGAGAGAGAAUGGAUUUGCUAUCCACACUAGCUCGGAUGGUUGUUAUCAGAACCCUUCAUUCGCCUUGAGAUCCAAACUUUUGAGUGGAUAAGGUUUUGAUUUUAUGAUUUGUUGAAUUUCGCCACGGCAAUAGGGGAAAGCUGGGACGUAGCUUUUGGUUGUCAGGGGCCGAAAAUGGAAGCCUACUACCUGGAUUUUGCAGGUGUAGUCAGGGCAAGUGACCUCGCCCUCUUUUUGGGUGAGCAGGGUGCGGCAGUAGCUGAUUUCGGCAAGCAACUGAAAACGUCUUAUUUAGGAUAUUUGUUAAAAGUUCCACGGCGUCGUGUACUUGUUUACUGUUUUAAAACUGUCGUUUUCAUCUAGCAAGCUAUGCACUGCCUGGCACCGUUUGUGUGAGGCAUUUUUUCUCUACCGCGCUUUGGAAAGGGAGGGCAGCACUUGCCUUUUUUAGUGUAUGCGAGUUGAAUACGGGUCCUGGCCUUCCUUUACUAAUGGCCUGCCGGAUUAUAACUCCAAUGUCCAGACGGAACAGACGCUGCCAUGCAUCCGCAAGUGGACAGGAGAGUAAAACACGCAACCGGCCGUGUGGGCUUCUAAUUAACUGACGCCAUCAUCCAGCUGUUGGUUCUGUAUAUAUCACGCGUCUUGCUCGUUGUUGCUCCUUGCCUCUCUGCACAACUUUGUAUCUAGUGAUCAGUCAGAUGGAAGGAUUGGGAGAUGGUGAAGGGGAAAACGGAAACUGGGGCUUGGCCGCGAUCACAGUCAGCGGUGAUGGACGCGUUUGCAGGCGCCAUUGUUGCUGCCGUCGAGGAUCGCUAUCACGAGAGCGUUGCACCGGUCCACUACAUCGGACGGCAGUACCUUGAUCCGCCCAACAACUUGGUGCCUUUGACUUUGAAGCAAGUUUCGAUGCUAACUCCUUCAGCCAGGCACGGGGGGCACUAUCGAUGCACGGGAUGCCUGUCGGCACGAUUAAAAACAAAUUUCAUGCCUGUUGAAGACGAGCACAACUUGAUCGACUGUUGCACUUUCAGGACAAUAGACGGGGAGUACAUGCAGGCGUUGCGUGAAGUGAGGAAUGGAGACUAUGUCAUGGUUAAUGGCUCUAUAAGGAGGCGGGAUUCUGUCAUGCAUAUACGAGUCUACUCAAUCAGGCUUGUUACUAACUACAAUGAGAUUACUCACCACUUCCUCCAUUGCAUAUACGUCUCCCUCGAUCUUCAGAAGCAGGCAGGCUCCAUCAAAUUCUGUACUGCACGUUCUGAACAAAAAAGCAUGCCACCCUUUUUCUCUAUGUUGACAUCGAUACUUUAUUUUUUCAGUUGAGGGAGAGAGGAAUGAAUAUUCGUCGGGCGAAUCUCGUGGUGGCCUCAAACGAGCAGUCUCGGGCUCCCGACGGCGGCGAGAGGCUUUUUGGUGAUGUUCUUCAAGUUCUCUACCAUCCAGGAAUUGUGUAUGUGACUGUCUUUAUCAGAUAACAAAAUUCUAGCACGUCCAUUACUUUCCCCCACGGUAUCGAGCACAACAACAUCCCGCAUUGUAAAAAUAAUAGUCGUCACACAUUGCGUGGCUUGAAAGGGGAUCGGGCUUGGCAUCAUAAUAGUCGUCA